UUGAGAAUAAAGACAACUGGAAGUGGUUCCUUGAGCUCUUGCAUGGGGAUUUGGGGGAUUAUAGGAAACAUGGCUGACAUUUCAUGUCUGAUAUGCAAAAGGGCUUGAUUCCAGCACUGCAAGAGGUCAUGCCUGGUGCUCAACACAGGUACUGUGCAAUGCAUCUUUGGAGAAAUUUUACAAAGCAAUGGAAGGAUAAGGAGUUAAAAAAUGAUGUGUGGGUGUGUUCAAGGGCUACCACUGUUGUGGAAUUCAAUCAGAAGAUGGAUAGGGUGAAGAGGAAGAACCUGGCUGCCUGGACUUAUCUGAAUAAGUGGCCAAAGAAUGCUUGGACCAAGGCUUAUUUCACUGAGUUUACUAAAUGUGACAACAUCUGCAACAAUGCAUGUGAAGUGUUCAAUGCCAAGAUUCUGAGGUAUAGAGGGAAGCCAAUACUGACACUACUAGAGGAGGUGAGGUGCUAUAUUAUGAGGACUAUUGCAAACAACAGGAUGAAGCUAAAUGGACAUAUGAGUACUCUACCACCAAUGCAACAAAGGAGGCUUGACAUUGAGAAAGAAGAGAGUAGGAAGUGGACUGCAACAUGGACAACUGGUGGUGAGAAAUAUGAGGUAGCUUGUUGGGAAACUAGAGUUGGUGUGGAUUUAUUGGCCCAAACAUGUAGUUGUAGAUUCUGGCAAUUGAGUGGCAUGCCAUGUAAGCAUGCAUGUGCAGCUAUUGGUUGGAAGAAUAUGAGGCCAGAGGACCAUUGUCAUGCUUGGUUGACAAUGGGAGCUUACAGAAGCACCUAUGAGUUUGCAGUUCAGCCAACAAAUGGUCCCAAUUACUGGAAAAAAACUCCUUAUCUGAGGCCAAUCCCACCUAAGCUGAAGAGAAAAGCAGGGAGACCAAAGAAGAAUAGGAGAAGAGAUAGCACUGAGGUAGCUCCAAGUGGGACAGCACCUAGUAGGGCAACAAGAUCUGGUCAAGCUGGGAAUGCUCAGGCAGGUGGGAGAAGGACUAGGAUUAGGAGAGCUUUUGGUGAAAUUAGAUGUUCAAGGUGUGGGUUAUAUGGUCAUAACACCAGAACUUGUCAUCAUCAGGGUGUUGCACUGAUGCCUAGGAAUUGGGUUCCACCACCCGCUGAGGAAAAUGAAGGCAAUGAUCAAGGUCACCAAACUGAGACUGACCUCUCACAAACUGCUCCAAAUGAAGAACCACUGUCUCAGCCUAUAGCACAUGGGGCAAAUACUGAAGCUAAUGUUGGACUCCCAAGUGGGCAGAAUAACUUUUCAGAGGCACCUAAUUCCCAAGCCCAAGUUCCAAACAAUCAAACUAGGCCACCAAGGAAGCCUAGGCAACCUAGGGCUUCUGUGCAAAUGGUUGUGCCUUCUGUGCAUGUGGCUGGGCCCUCUAUGCAUGUGGCUGGGCCUUCUGUGCCUCAGCUUGGGCCUUCUGUGCAUGUGGCUGGGCCUUCUGUGCAUAUGCCUGGGCCUUCAGUGCAAAUGUCUGGGCCUUCUGUUCAGAUUGGUGGGCCUUUUGUUCAGGCUGGGGUCAGGGCACCUCCAAUUAGAGCCUCUGCAUUCAGGGCCCCUCGUUUUGCAAACAGGCCAUGGUCAGCCCCAGCACCCCUUCCAAUCCAACCAGGUUUGCAGAUCAGGAGUUCACCCCCACCUGGACCAGUGUCAAAUGAGCCUCGUAUCCCUACAAUGACCUUCAUACCAACACCUAGGACAAGGCCAAUGCAAGGUGAUCAGAACAAGUGAAGAAUUGCAGCAGGGAAAGCUUUUUUUUUGAUAUCCCUAUCCAUAGUAUGAUGAGAUUGUAACUUUUCUGGAAUAGUGAUGCUUUAAAUUGUUUAUGGGAACAUAAAUUAUGUCCUUAUGUUUAUUUACUAUCCAGUAGGUAACUUAAUUAGACAUAUGAUCUAUUUUGAUGAGAUAUGAUAUCUUUGAUGAUCUCAGGGCAUUACUUGAUUCAGUUUGGCAUCUAUCCAUGGUUCCUUCAUUGGAUUUUUUUGAUAUCCCUAUCCAUAGUAUG